UAAACCAUGCAGUCUGUGUUACGAUGGCGAAAGGUGUUUUUCGUAUGGUGAAUUAUUAUUGUGUAUGGAUAUUCUGGCAAAGUUUUACCACAAUAUUAACAAGUGAAAUACAAAAUCGAAAUCAAUUAUUAUUGAGUGAAAAUUUACCAUCAAUUAAUUCAUUAAACGUUUUAAAUCAUACAAUUGUUAGUGAUAAUCAAAAUACGAUACAUAAUCGUUAUGUAUUAGAAUUACAUGGUACAAAUUUACAUGAAAAUAUCGAUAUAUGGCCAAUAAUACGCGAAGCAAAACGUGGUGAAUUAUGUGAAACGAAUGAAAAUUUUAAUAAUUUUCAUCAGUUGAGUUUUUUAAAUCAUAGUUACGUUCAAUAUGACCUUGAUGUUAAACUAUCCGAAGCGAAUGAUUUCGAUAUAUCGUUAAUAUAUUUUUGUGUUUCCCAAAAAAGUGUUUCCGUACAUCAAGGAGAAAAUAUUUCAGUUGUAUUUCGGACUAACUUAUCAUCAUCGUCAGUGCAUCAUGAUGAAAACAAUGAUCGGCCAAUACAUCCAGCCAGACGAAAAUUACGUUCCGUUAAUGAUUUAUACACACCAACAUUAAAAAACAUUCCACCUCCAUCAAUCCAUGAUGAUAGCUCUGAAAAUGUUGAUGAAAAUCGUCAUGAUAUCUUUCCAAGAUUAGUUGGUCCUCAACAUCUGGAUGAUGAUAUCAUUACGGAAUCUGAACCAGUACAAUUAACUGGAUUUCGUGUUGAGAAAUCAGAGAAAGGUCUUGAAUUCGACGAAGGUGGAAUUCCUACGAUAUUGAUUCAUAUGCCAACAACUAUUCGUGUGUAUGGAAUUCGAAUCACAGAAAAUACAUUGUUCACGUUUACGAAAGAAGAUCAUCCCUAUGGAAAAACUUGUCUUAUGCCGGUAACUGAAGCUUUUCAGGUAGAAGCGGGUUCUUUAAAAUCAACGGGUGAUCAUGAUCCAAAAGUCGUAAAUGGUAUCGUUCACAUACAGAUACCCGUACCAUCAGAAGGGAAAAACUUAUAUAUUUGUACGAAAGAGAAAGCACCAAAAAAUACACCACCCGAAAAAAAAUGGGAAUACGAAAAUCGACCAUUUAUUCAUCAAGGUUCAACCGAGUGGCUUGCUAUUCGUAGCCAUGAAAAAUUGCUUCCAUUGUGGGCCUCAAUCGUGAUCAUUUUAGUAUGUCUAUCAUUCUCAGCAUUAUUUUCCGGUUUAAAUUUAGGUUUAAUGUCAUUAGAUCGAACCGAAUUGAAAAUUUUAUUAAAUACGGGAACACAGAAAGAACGAAAAUAUGCGAAAAAGAUUCAACCGGUUCGUGAUCAAGGCAAUUUUUUAUUAUGUAGUAUUUUAUUGGGUAAUGUUUUUGUGAAUUCGAUUUUUACAAUUUUAUUGGAUGAUUUAACAUCCGGUUUAAUUGCUGUUGUAUCGUCAACAAUUACGAUUGUUUUGUUUGGGGAAAUUACACCGCAAGCGAUUUGUUCUCGUCAUGGUUUGGCGAUUGGUGCAAAAACUAUUAUAAUGACAAAAAUUGUGAUGGGUUUUACGGCACCACUAUCGUAUCCAAUUAGUAAAGCGUUGGAUUUUAUGUUGGGUGAAGAAAUUGGUAAUGUUUAUAAUCGGGAACGUUUGAAGGAAUUAGUUAAGGUGACAACUGAUACUAAUGAUUUAGAUAAAGACGAAGUAAAUAUAAUAUCUGGUGCAUUGGAACUACGCAAAAAAACUGUGUCCGAUGUUAUGACACGCAUUGAGGAUGUAUUUAUGUUGGAUUAUGAAUCCAUAUUGAAUUUUGAAACUGUUUCAGAAAUUAUGAAAUCAGGAUUUUCUCGUAUUCCAGUAUUCGAAGGCACUCGUACAAACAUUGUAACAAUGUUAUAUAUCAAAGAUUUAGCGUUUGUUGAUCCGGACGAUAAUACUCCGUUAAAAACUUUGUGUCAAUUCUAUCAAAAUCCAUGUAAUUUUGUGUACGAAGAUGUUACGUUAGAUGUCAUGUUUAAACAAUUUAAAGAAGGUCAUAAAGGUCAUAUGGCUUUUGUACAUCGGGUCAACAACGAAGGUGAAGGUGAUCCAUUCUAUGAGACGGUGGGUUUGGUAACAUUGGAAGAUGUUAUUGAAGAAUUAAUUCAAGCUGAAAUUAUGGAUGAAACUGAUGUGUUUACUGAUAAUCGGUCUAAACGAAGGCGUAAUGAACAUAGAAAACAAGAUUUUACGAUAUUCGCCGAACGGCGUGAACAUCAACGAAUUAGAAUAAGUCCACAAUUAACGUUAGCGACCUUCCAAUAUUUAAGCACAAGUAUAGAUUUAUUCAGACCCGAUAAUAUUUCGGAAACAAUAUUACGACGAAUGUUGAAGCAAGAUAUCAUUGUACAUAUCAAGAAAAAGGAUAAACAUGAUCCAUUGACAAUUAUCUAUCAACAAGGGAAACCAGCCGAUUAUUUUGUUCUAGUUUUAGAAGGUCGUGUAGAAGUUACGGUGGGACGUGAAAGUUUAUUAUUUGAAAGUGGUCCAUUUACAUAUUUUGGAAAACAAGCUUUAAUGCAAAAUGUUGGUGGCGUAGCCGAAUCACCGACUGUUCAACCAACAAAUAUGGGUAGCUUACAAUCAGUGAACAUGGAAACUUUGUUACGUCACACUUUUGUGCCAGAUUAUUCAGUGCGUGCAGUGACUGAAGUGUUAUAUAUAAAAAUAAAACGUUCUUUAUAUAUGGCUGCAUUACGGGCUACAUUAAUGGAACGUUCCCAAAAGGGAGAUAUCACUGGUGGGGAACAGUUUGAUGAAGAAGUUGAAAAGCUAUUACAUUCAUUAGAAGAGGAUGGAAUUAGUAUAGAGGACCGCACAUCACCAAUACAUAGUGAAAUCAAUGAAAAUACUCAAAAUACAAAAACAGAAAUCAAUGAAUAUAUUAAAGAAUCAAAUCGUAAACCAUCUGUAACACAAUUAUGUAAUAGUCCAUCAAUGAAAGAUCGACCAUCGUUUAAUACAUUCACACAAUCAGAUACAAUCAACGGUGCGAUUAAAAAACAUUCGUUACCAACAACGAUUAAUAUAUCAUAUACACCAGCAGAUAGUACAGGGGAUCAUGAAAAAGAUCAUGAAGAAACGGCUUUAUUAUCAACACAGAAUACGAAAUCAUAGCAUCAACCAUCAGAUAAUCACUCUGUAGCAUAGAGUUGUUUAGUUUAAAUAUAUU